AUGGGGCUAGACAGACUGAAAGCAAAAGAUAGCAUCGCACAGGUGCACAACGCGUUGGAAAAAGUGGAAAACAGGAAGAACAAGAUAUUGAGAAACCCGUUUGUGUACACAGAUGAGAAGGGCAACAUAUUCAAGACAACUGAAAGAAUUGUGAAGUCUGUGGAGCCGCCAGAAAGAAGAAUUCCGUCAGAUGAAGAGCUUUUCCCCGAUGGAAAUGGGAUUCCGGACUACAAGCUGGUGUGGGAGCAUUUCAGGGUGCAAGGAAGGCUCACAGAGGAGCAGCUGCUCAGGAUUAUAGACAAGGCAUCGGGUGUUUUUGCAGUUGAACCUUCGAUGUUAAAGGUUUCAUGUCCAGCAGUCGUUGUUGGGGACAUCCAUGGGCAGUAUCACGAUAUGAUAAAGAUGCUAUCGCUGUGCCCAGAGUUCGGCAAGACGCAGUACCUCUUCUUGGGCGAUUACGUGGACAGAGGCGACUGCUCGAUUGAGGUUUUGAUAUUGCUCUACUGCAUAAAGCUCAACUUUCCACAUUCCGUGUGGAUGAUAAGGGGAAAUCACGAAACACGCAGAAUGACCGAGUACUUCACGUUCAAGAAGGAGUGCGAGAUCAAGUACUCGCUAAGGUUGUACUAUGCGGCAUUGCGGUCGUUUUCCAAUCUUCCGAUUGCUGCAAUUCUCAACGACCAGUUUUUCUGCGUGCACGGUGGAAUUUCCAAGCAUUUGGGCCUGGUCCAGGAUGUGAACAUGAUAGACCGGCACCGCCCGGAUCCGCCGUCCUCUGGUGUGUUUUGUGACCUUGAGUGGUCGGAUCCAAGCCCGAAUUACGAUGUUGUGAAGGAAAAACAGGCAAAAGAGCCACUUUUCGCACCCAACACCGAGAGAAACUGCUCGUACUACUACUCGUUCCGGGCCGUGCAGUCGUUUCUUCGCCGCAACAACCUUCUCAGCGUGGUGAGAGGUCACCAGGCACAGGAUGCCGGCUAUAGAAUGUACCAGAAGGACGAUAAGACGGGGUUUCCAACUGUGAUCACCAUCUUUUCCGCUCCAAACUACUGCCACACUUACAGAAACAAGGCGGCAGCACUCAUCUACGACGGCAAGACUUUCAACAUCAAGCAGUUUCUUCCUGCGGCCGAUGCUCCCUACUAUCUUCCGGAUUUCAUGAAUGUGUUCGAGUGGUCAGUUCCGUUUGUUUGCGAGAAGGUGAUCGACAUUCUCGUGUGCAUGCUCAAUGUGUGCACGCAGAAGGAAUUGGAGGCGGAACCUCCGCUCUCAAAAGAGGCAGUUGAAGGUGUUGAGAGGAAAACCGUCAGGGGUAGUGCGAGGGCCGGAAUUAAAGCGAUCAAGAAAGUUACAGACAAGCGGAUUUCCACCCACAAAAGGACCGUGUCUGCAGUUAGUAGCAGCCUGAAAACCAAGUUGUUGGCUAUUGGGAAAACGUCGCGGAUGCUCAACAUUCUAAGGGAGGAGUCUGAGCAGAUGGCGGAUUUGAGAGAUGCGAAAAACGGCAGGCUUCCAAGAGGCAUCUUGAUGAAUGGACGGGAGGAGUUGCACCGCUACAUCAAGUCCUUCUCCGAUGCCAAGAAGAGGGACUUGAAGAAUGAGGGGCUCCCCCCUUCGGAUGACGAGAUAAACGAGGCUAAGAAGGCUAAGAGUAGUGUAUACAGGCGUUACAUUGAGGAGGGAAGCAGCGAUGUUGAAGCUGACGAUGUGAUUUUAUGA